UCAGAGGUGAGAGGUCAGGAUGUGAACGCGCUCGGAGCCGGAGGCUGAGGAGCUGGGGAAUGGCACACAUGGCGACGACUGAUAGGCUCCGCUGGUGAGAGAGUCCAGGGGAGGCAGCAAGCGGCACAGGUGUAACAUCAAGAAGGAAGACUCUGUCUUUGGAAGUGGUGUGCCUGGUUCAACAAAAGCAACUGAAAACCGACUGCAAAGUGUUUUUAAAACAUAGAAAUCUGCUCCUGUACAACUACGUUAAGAACAACUGAACUAUUUCCACUUGACUAUCUGAUCAGAAAUUCAAGAUCAACAGUGGAACAUAUGAUUCCUUUAUAUUGAAUUUAUGAAGCUGAAAGUGAAAGUUCCUGAAUGUAUAUCUGAAGAUGAGGCGAUUAAAUAAGAAGAGAGCAUUGAAUUUAGUGAAGGAGCUUGAUGCCUUUCCCAAGAUUCCUGAAAGUUAUAUUGAAACUUCCGCAAGCGGUGGAACAGUUUCUUUAAUUGCCUUUACCACCAUUGCUCUAUUGUCUAUUAUGGAGUUUUUUGUGUAUUGUGACACAUGGAUGAAGUAUGAUUAUGAAGUAGACAAAGAUUUUGCCAGCAAACUGCGAAUCAAUUUAGAUAUAACAGUUUCAAUGAAAUGUCAUUAUAUUGGUGCAGAUGUCCUAGACUUAGCUGAAACUAUGGUGGCAGCUUCAGAAGGGCUAAAAUAUGAACCAACUGUUUUUGAAUUAUCUUCACGUCAAAGAAUGUGGCAAAGAACACUUCAAAAGAUUCGCAAAAAGGUGCAAGAGGAACAUUCUCUUCAAGAUCUUUUAUUCAAAAGUGCUUUUAAAGGUUCCCCUACUGUAUUGCCACCCAGGGAAGACAAAUCAUCUCAUCCACUUGAUGCCUGCAGGAUACAUGGACACUUGUAUGUCAACAAAGUAGCAGGAAAUUUUCACAUAACUGUGGGCAAGGCGAUUCCUCACCCUCGGGGUCAUGCACAUAUGGCUGCUCUCAUUAGUCAUGAUGUGUACAAUUUUUCACAUCGAAUAGAUCAUUACUCAUUUGGAGAGCCGAUUCCAGGACUUAUCAAUCCACUGGAUGGAACAGAAAAAAUUGCCAUAGAUCAUAAUCAGAUGUUUCAAUACUUCAUCACAAUUGUGCCAACAAAACUUAAUACCUACAAGUUCUCAGCAGACACUCAUCAGUAUUCAGUCACAGAAAGGGAACGUGUAAUAAACCAUGCAGCAGGCAGCCAUGGUGUUUCAGGUAUUUUUAUAAAAUACGACAUCAGCUCCUUGAUGGUUACUGUGACUGAGGAGCACAUGCCUUUAGGACAAUUCUUAGUGAGGUUGUGUGGAAUUAUUGGAGGAAUAUUCUCAACAACAGGCAUGCUACAUGGAUUUGUGGGAUUUUUUGUUGAUAUUAUCUGUUGUCGUUUCAGACUUGGAGCUUAUAAACCUAAAUCUAUCCCCGUACUCGAUGGCCACAUGAAUAAUCACUCACUCCCAAUUUUAGAGGAUGUUGAGCAGUAACAUCAAGCAGAGAGAUGUUCAAGGAAUAAAAGCAAUUUGGUGGAUUUUUCCCUUAAUUUUAAAUGUGCAAUAAACAUUUUUGGUUGCACAGCUCUUGUUUAAAUAAAUCAUUAGUUAAAUUCUAGUCUCUUAACUAUUUCAAUACCAGUCAAGACAUUACAUGUCAAGUCAUAAUAUUACCACUAUCUCAUGAGCUGGUUAUUGAAUAACCCAGUGUCGCCUUUGAAAAUAAAAAGGGAGAACAAUCAGUAUUUUGUGGACAUACUUCAGAUGAGAGAACUGGAAAUCUGGUUCGUGAUUUAUUUACACAAUACAAUGUAAUUUGUAAUGUUAUAAAUCCGCCAAAAGGAUUUGUUUCUACAAUUGUAUGUGAAGUUCAAAAAUGUGUGUAUGCAGACAGGAUCGUACCAGAAUCUUUGUUGCAUAAUAGGAAUGAAUGAAUACAGGGUGUUGUACUGUGCAGGGUAAUCCUGUCACAGAAUCAUCUGUGUUAAGAAUAAAAUAUUGGAAGACA